AUGAGCGUCCACUCGCUCGACUACGCGCAGCCCAACGCAACCCGAUCCGACGUUGACGUUGAGGCUGGUCGCCAGUCGCCUACUUCUCAAGUCUCCCCAAGAGGGGGAGAUACGGAGCCGACUGCGUUUCCCGCUUUCACCUCCUCGGCAACACGAGUGGACUCCACCGAUACAACGAAGCGGCGGGCUAGACGUAACACCGCACGAUCAUACCACCCCGAAGGAUUCGCACAAGAUCCCAAUUGGCAGCCAGGAACCGAACCUGGUAUUGACCCGAGCAAGCCUCUCCCGCCUUACACAUCAGAAUGGGCGUCGAAUAUCCCCGCCGACCUACACCGACAGUGCCAAAUAACCAUCGUGGACUUCUCCCAGAAUGAGAUGCGGCAAUACGAGCUGGACAAUGACACACUCGAGCAGUUCUUGGAGAGGGAGAGGGAGCCCUGGGUGCAAUGUCGGUGGAUCAAUGUGAACGGAUUGAGUUGGGAUGUCAUCAAAAUUCUUGGAAACCACAAGAGAUUGCAUCGUCUUGCGAUCGAAGAUGUGGUUCAUACUACCAACCGGACCAAAGCCGAUUGGUACUCGGAUCACGCGUUCGUUGUGCUGACACUACAGAAGUUGAUGAAGGUCUAUGAAGAAGACUCUUCUGACUCCGAAGAUGAGGAAGAGAGGCCAGUCAGCCGGUGGAGAUCGAAAGACAGGAAGAGCUCCGUCGCCAGCGAGAAGAGCUCCAUUUCCUUAAAGAGGCCCACGAAACGGAGUCCCACCCCCGCAGACAAAGAGAAAACGACGUUUGGAUCCAGCGUCCGACCUGGUCUUGGCCGGCGAAGUUCAAAGCACAAUUCUCACUUCGGAAAUGUUGGGACUGCCGCGGAGACGACUGCCAGGAGUCUGCAGCGAUAUCGUGGCGGGCCGAACGAAGAUCGAAUCGAGUUUAUGGAACGCCAUGCUGCACUCGCCGGUAAAGGUCUAUGCGUCACCUUGGAGCAGGUCUCAAUCUUUUUGCAUGCCGAUAACACGGUCACGUCCUUUUUCGAAACAAGUGCGGAUGACAUUGAGGCCCCUAUAGUGAGGCGUCUCAUGUCGCCCGAGACUAUUCUUCGGCAAUCGUGCGAUGCAAGCAUGCUGCUGCAGGCUAUUCUCGAUGCCGUAAUUGAUCUUGCAAUCCCAGUCACAAUGGCCUACCAAGACGCCAUCGGAGACCUCGAGCUGGAGGUCCUUACCGACCCAGACAUUGACCAGUCGAAGUCUCUAUAUAUCCUGACAUCCGAAAUUGCUGUGCUGCGAAACGCCAUCCAGCCCAUUGUGGCAGUGAUGAACGCGCUUCGCGAUCACCGCUCCGAACCCGUCGGCACGCCGGGUUUCGGUGUAUUGCGCAAUCCUCUCAGUCCGGCUGCUACACCUGCUGAGCCCGUCGAACCUCGCCCCUAUGUGGGCGAUGCUCUUGAUCAUUGUAUUACUAUUGUUGAAGGAUACGAUCAGAUGCGGCGCAAUGCUGAUAACAUGAUUGACCUCAUCUUCAACACCAUUGGUGCCUACCAAAACGAGAGUAUGAAACAGCUUACUCUUGUUACUUGCCUCUAUCUUCCCAUGACAUUUUUGACGGGAUAUUUUGGAAUGAACUUCACAGAUUUCUCCGGAAUCGAACACAGUGAUAGCUAUUUCUGGAAAAUCGCGAUACCCUUCGUCUGUGUCACGACUUUCAUACUGAUGCGUGACAAAAUCCAGCGAUACGCAGUCAUGUUAGCCCAGCGCCGCUUGAUUGUCAGCUCGAGGAAGCAAAGACGGGAGAGGAAGAAGAAAUGA